AUGAUACCCAGAUAUACGUGGAGGGACCAAGAUAACGAGGAGCAACAGCCCUGGCUGCAGGAGGAGGAGCUAGCAAGCUUGGUUGCUGCAAGAAAAUCAGCCCAGUUCGGCCGCUUCGCCCGCGUCUUCCCGCUCAAGGAGUGGGGUUACCAGCCCGAGCCCGCGCGCUACCGGGAGGCCGUCGGCUGGCUGGAGCUGGCGGCCGGGCUGCUGCUGGCCGUGGGGCCGCAGCUCCUGCAGGAGAUCAGUAACUUCGUGCUCUCCGUCGUCAUGAUGGGUGCCAUCUACACCCUGCUGGUGCUCAAGGAGCCCCUGGCCAUGUGCGCCCCGGCCACCGUCUGCCUCGGCCUCCUGCUGCUGCUCAACGUGCGCGGCCGCGCGGCCCCUGCCAAGCGCAAGUUCGAGUGACCCCCCGAAACGCGCCUGGGACGUCGCUUGGUGCAAGGCGCCUUGCGGCCCCUGCAGCCCGCAGCGGGGCUGGCUCUGUGGGCUGGGGGGCUGGCCCCGCUCUGGGGGACUCUUGCAUUUUUUUAAUAAAGCCUCUGUUUUUCA